CACGCGUUACUGUGCUUGGAAACGGUUGCCAACAACAACGAAGAAGCGAGCGAGCAAGGAGGGUAUCUUUAGCAAAGUUCACAUUUAUCGACGUAUAUCAAAUUGGAAAAACCGGAUCUAAAAUCAGUGGCCUAACAUGCCUCGGGGAAGGUCUGCCACUAGUGUCCACUCGGACAGCAGUGAACUGGAUCUUGACGUGAUAGCGGAGACAGAGAUGGGAAAACUUCACAGGCAGUUUCGCAUCAUGGAGGGAGACAGGCAGGCCUACAACAUUCAGUCUCAGGAACACAUCCGCAGACAGCGCUAUGAGAUAGAGAAUCUGGAGAAAGAGCAAGAAGAGAUGAGGCUGGACCUGGCUGUGUCUGAGAGUGGAUCCAGACGGCAGCAGGACACUGAGAGUGCCCUGAACCUGCACUCACUGCUGGACCAGAAGGAGCAGGUGGACGACAAGCUUGAGAGAGAGAAGCAGUUCCAGGCUGAUCUGGCGAAGGAGAUAGCUUGCCUAGAGAGGAAGCUGACAGAGCUUAGAAGUGGGAAGGUCACCCAGAAGUCCCAGCCUCGGCAAACUCCGAAGGCCAUGCGCACCCUGGAAUACAGACUGGACAGAGCGCUCAUCCGCUUCAACGAGCAGCUGACCAAGAACAGCCACCUGAGGGAAGACCUGGAGACCCUGCGCCUGGAGCGAGGCCGCUUCCUGCAGCUGCAGCGCAGGCUGAGCAAGGAGCUGCAGGAGAUUCGAAAGGAGAUCGGAGACAUGAUCAGCCUCUCCACUGCUGCCUACGAUGCCAGAGUGGAGGCCCAGUCCAAGAUGACGGUGAUGAAGGAGAAGGCUGUGAAGGACCUGGCUCAGUACAGCGCAGAGAUGAAGGAACUGGAGAGGGUGAUCGCUCACGAGCGCAGACUCAAACAGUUCAUGACCACCAAGUGCAGCGAGAGAAGUGGGCAGGACGAGGGGCAGGACCAGGGGCGCAGGCAUGAGUUCAAAGAGCAGAAGAGGAUGGACUCCAGAGAGGAGUCGAUAGAGUCGCUGGAGGAGGUCUUCCACACGAUCCAGAGUGUGACUGGAGAGGAGAACCUGGACAUGCUGGUCUCCCGCUUCAUCCAGGUCGAAGAUAAGAACUUUGCCCUGUUCAACUACGUAAACGAGCAGAACAACGAAGUAGAAUCACUGAGAGACCAGAUCAAACAGAUCCACGGUGAGAUGGAGCAGUAUGGAGUGGAGGAACUGCAGCAGGACACGGAGCAUCAAGCUCUGUUGAGGGACACAGACGAGCAACAGAAAUCCUCAGAGUCUGAGGCACGUGGGUAUGAAGCUCAGACCAGCACUGUGAGCAAGACCCUGGACCACAUAAAGACAGGAGUGAACAGCUUGUUCCAGGAAAUGGAUUGUGACUGCUCCGUCAUUGAGGAGAUGCUGGGCUCCUCAGCUGGGAUCCGGGAGAACAACAUCAUGAGCUACCUGAGCCUGGUGGAGCAGAGGACCAAUGAGAUGCUCACCAUCCAGGCCUUCCUCAGCUCCAGGGACCUGGAGAGAGAUUAUGACCCGAAAGAUUUGGCUCGGUUCCUCCUGGGUCAGAAUCCAGAGAUGCCCAGACAGAACGUUGUCAUUCAGCCCCUACUCACCGGGGUCGAUUAUGACACAGAGGAGUCUCUUCUGACGGAUGAGGAGGAGAGACCUCUCUCUAAGAGUGAAAUACGCCAGAGGAUCUUAACAGGGGUUCUGCGUAAGGAGGACUCAGUCCGUCCGGCUGGAGGGAGAGAUACCAAAGCCCACAGGAACCGCUCCCUGGUGCCCUGAGUCUGCAUGCAACUCUGGCUGUACAGGAGCCUGUCAGGGCAGGUGGGCAGCACAGUUCAUGUGCACUAUCAGCCCUCCUCCAUCUAUUGAUAGGCCCUGUAGAAGUGGAAUUGAUUUAGAUCGAAACACAAUACUUUUUGUAGAACAUUAAGGCCUCAGCGAUAGAAACUAUGUGUCACAAAGGGACAAGAUGUGGAAAUACAUCUUGCCCUCGUUGUUUAGGUAUGAUUUCACUUUUUAGGUGUAGUCUUCCACUAAAAUUUAUUUAGACUAUGAAGCCUCAUCACGGUCUGUUACAAUACUGGGAUUUGUUACUGUAAGCUUGAACUCAUUAGGUGAGGAGACAUGAAGGGAUCUAUUAAAGUCUGUUAGCUUACUGGGUGUUUCACGUCUUUUUUCCAUCUGCCAUGACCCACGGCUAUUAUUGCUCACUGAUGGCUGUUUCACAAGUGUAUAGAACAUAGGAAGGAUGCAAGACAACACAGUGUCUUCUGGAGUGUUGAGAACAAUGCUUCAUCCAGUUGAGGUUUCUCAAUUGAACAGAAGGGGGCAGCACCUCUGUGUUCUUGAGCAUAU